AUGACUAGAGUCCCUUAUGGUGAAAUUGUUGAGAUUAUUCAUAGCGAUUAUGUGAAAGUUGAGAUUUUCAAUAUCGAAUUUUCCAAAAAAUUUGUUAGAGUAUAUAACAUAUUCAUAGCAAAGGAGUUUAAGAUUCACGCUCGUUCUCACCGGGUUCUACACCAUAUUAUCCCUCCCCUGACCACUGACAAGGUAACGGAAAAGCAUCCUCUUACUGACGAAGAACAGGAAUGGUGGUCUACAUUGGAUGCUGCCGUAAUCUCGUGGAUUUACUCCACUAUUUCUGGUGAUCUCUUGGAGACCAUUAUAGAACCCGAUGCUACGGCAAUGGCGGCUUGGAAUAGGUUGCGUGAUAUAUUCCAAGAUAAUCAAAACUCUCGUGCCGUAACUCUAGAACAAGAUUUUUCCUCUACAAAAAUGGAGGAUUUUCCAAAUGCAUCGGCAUACUGUCAAAGACUCAAGGGUCUUUCCGAUCAAUUGCGGAAUGUUGGAGCUCCGGUGGACAAUAAUCGACUUGUUCUCCAAUUGGUUUCGGGCCUCACCGAACCGUAUAAUGGUGUUGCUACCCUUAUCCGUCAAAGCUCUCCUCUCCCACAAUUUUACCAAGCCCGUUCAAUGAUUACCUUGGAGGAAGCGAGCUUGACAAAACGUGCAGCAAUGACUUCUAAUUCUGUUUCAGGUUUGGUGGCGACCUUUCGUGAUGAUGACUCGGGUUCAGAUAGCUGGGGUAAUACUCGCGCGAAAAACAAAAAUCAUAAAAAGAAUUCUGAAAAAAAAUGCAGAACAGGGGAAGUGGUCGUGGUCCUGCCGCAGCCAAUGGUCAGAAUUCCGGAGCAAGGGGUGGUGCAGGCCGUGGUGGCGGUCUGCAAAAGCAAAGGGGCGUGGCUCCGUUGUGGCAGCAGCAAGCUUACCCACCUUGGGGUUGGCCGUGGGCUACUCCCCCUGGCCCAUUUCCAACACAAGGCUGGGCUAGAUCUCAAGGCCCAACAAGAGCACAGCAAGGGGUUCUUGGUCCACAACCCCAACAACAAGCAUACGCAGCGUCUCAGUCUCCUUCCUAUGUUCCAACAGAUUUGGAGUCGGCUUUUCACACCAUGUCUCUACAGCAGCCCGAUCCAUCGUGGUACAUGGAUACCGGCGCCACUUCUCAUAUGA